GAAGCCAUUGGUCACCUUCCGGGGAGAGAGCCUCGAGUUGUCUGUGGUUUGAAACUUUGCUCUGUGAUCAAAGGAGAGGAUUGGAAGAGGAGCCCUAGAGGAGAUGGCCGAGGGAGAGAAGGCCGUCGAAGAUGGGGAGGGAUUGCGAAAGAUGAGGAAGAAGAUCGCUGACCAUUCCAGGAAGGUGGCGGAAACGAAGGUGAAAUUGUCGAAGCAGGCGGAGCAGACGAAGGAGAUCUUAUCUAAGCAAGCUGAUAAGAUUGCCAAGCGAGCAGAGGAGCAUGAGAGAUUUAUAACUAAGGUGACUCAUUUGUUGGGUGUUCUUGGAUUUGGCGGAUUUUGUUAUAUCUUGGGAGCUAGGCCGCAGGAUGUUCCAUAUGUUUACUGUUUGUUUUAUAUUACUUUCGUUCCUCUUAGAUGGAUAUACUAUCGUUACAAGAAAUGGCACUAUUACCUUCUGGAUUUCUGCUACUAUGCCAACACAUUCUUCUUGGUUAUGCUACUCAUGUUUCCAAAGAAUGAGAAGCUUUUUAUGGUUUGCUUUUCGUUCGCAGAAGGUCCAUUAGCUUGGGCUUUGAUUGUUUGGCGCUGUAGCCUAGUUUUCAGUUCGUUUGACAAAAUUGUCAGUGUCCUUAUACAUCUUUUACCUGGUAUAGUGUUUUUUACUAUUAGAUGGUGGAAUCCAGAAACCUUUGCUGCCAUGCACCCCGUGGGCAGAACUGCAAGAGUUUCAUGGCCUUACGUGGAGGACAAGUCCUACCUAUGGACUUGGUUAUUUCUGGUUCCUCUGAUUGCUUACACUCUCUGGCAACUACUUUAUUUUUUCAUUGUUAAUGUUCUGCGCCGUCAGCGACUUUUGCAAGAUCCAGAAGUCAUGACUUCUUACAGGGAGCUCUCUAAGAAGGCACAGAAGGCAAACAACAUUUGGUGGAGGUUGAGUGGAACACUCGGCGAUCACAACCGACCUAUUAUGUACAUCAUGCUCCAAGCCAUCUUUACCGUCGCGACGAUGGCCCUUACUGUGCCCAUCUUCCUCUCCUAUCGAAUGAACGUAAUCUUCCAGUUACUGAAGGUCACUGCCACCAUCUGGAAUGGUGGGAACUUUCUUGUUGAUGUCAUGCCAAGGCAGGUUAUUCUCAAGGAGAAGAAGAAACAAGAAAUGAAGCCUAUUCUGGAGCUGCCGCCCUCAUCUGCUUCUUCAGUUUUCAACAAUAAUGAGGUGAACAACGUGAAGAAGACGUCCUAGUUGCCAUGUAAGAAAUUGUUCUCUACGUGCAGUUCUUUUUUAGAGUGGUUUUUAUUGUAGAUGUUUUCUGUUUUAUUUCAUAACUGUUGAUUUUUAUGUAUUUCGUAGUUAGUUUCUGGUUUUUAAUAUCACAAUAGCUUGCUUGAAUAUCAAUAAGAGGAUGGCAAAUGUGUUGAAAAAAAAGGACACUCAAGGGAAUCAUAUAUUGAAGA